AUGAGCGUCGUACGACCAGCACGAUGUCUGCUUUCGCGGCGCUUUGCCGCGACGGGCCAACCGGCAGCAGGCGCAACACCGAGAUGCCAUGCCGCCCCUUUCCACAGCUCGACACAGCUUUCCGCGAAACAUAAGUCGCGCUUCAAGAGCAUACGAGCCGAGGAGAUGGGACUGGUGACGCCGGAGAAGGUCGAGGAGUACAGCAAGAAGAUGUUUCCCAAGUACACGCCGGAGGAGAUGGAUAUCCUGAGGGAGAGGUACACACCGGAGCAGAUGGUAGCCCUCGAGGCGGGUGAGGCGGCCGUCGACCCGAAGGACCUGACGAUACAAGGCCGGAUACGCAAAGACCCCUACAGGCUACCGUACCUGGACGACUUCAGCAAGAUCCAACCCAUCAUCGACAAGCGGCCCAAUACUCUGCCACCACCCGACCCGAACGGAAGGUUCAUGACGCAGGAGGAGCACGCCGACGACCUGACCAAGCUGCUCGAGAACCUGAUACCGAAGGACGUCAACUUCGAAAACAUGUCGGAGCAGGAGAUAGAGAAAAUACUGAACGAGCGCGUCAACUUGUCAAUGGAACAGGCCAAGUACUGGAACGAUCCGACGACCAUGACCGACAAGAAGCCGUCCAACACGGCCCUGGCGCCGGGGCUGGGCAAGAAGCUAGCCGGCGUCGAGGGCAUGUACAAGCCGCCGAUCGACCCGGCCGACGAAGGGCUGGACGACCAGGGCCUGUACCAGGACCUGAAGCGGCGGACGGGCCUGAGCGUCCGCGACAUCCUCAGCAUCUCGACCAAGAUCCUGGUCAUCCGCAACGUCGACAACCAGACGCGUCUGGGCAAGAUCCGGAGCAUGUGGGUUCUGGCCAUCGCCGGCAACGGCAACGGCCGCCUCGGCGUCGGCGAGGCCAAGUCGGUCGAGCCUGCCGUCGCGCAGAUGAAGGCCAAACUGCUAGCCAUCCAGAACAUGCAGCCCAUACGCAGGUACGAGGACCGGACCAUCUUCGGCUCCGUGACGGCGAAGGUCGGCGCCACCAUCGUGAAGAUCGACUCGCGUCCACCCGGCUUCGGUCUCCGCGCCUCCCACCGGCUCUUCGAGAUCUUCCGCAGCGUCGGCAUCCACGACAUCGCCGCCAAGAUGCCGCGCGCCCGAAACCCCAUGAACUCGGUCAAGGCCUGCCUGCAGGCCUUGACCAGCCAGAAAGACCCCAAUGAGCUCGCCAUCGGCCGUGGCAAGAAGCUGGUGGAUGUACGUAAGGUGUACUACGGCGGCAACGUGUAUUAA